GCCUUCGAUGUGCACUCCUUAUCUCGAGAUCACUUGUCAUCGAAACAUGAUGUCGCUACUCCUCAGGCCAGUCGCGGGUAGCGGGCUGCUGAGAGUGGACACGCACGAGGAUGCACAAUCCGCGAACCAUGCGGUUCGCAGCGGCCGCUGUGGCCUGCAUCCUGGUCGGUGCGGGUGUAGGGGCAGGAGUAUUCUUCAUUCUUCGCCACUCAUUUCCGAACAACCCGGAGUGCAAGGAGCCGAUGGCGACCGUGGAGUCCGGCGCCCUGCGCGGAUUGUGCCGGCCCGAGAGGCUGGGCCACUCUAAGUACGCGGCGUUCCUCGGGGUGCCGUACGCUAAACCUCCACUCAAGGACCUGCGGUUCAAGAGCCCCAGGCCCCCGGAGCCGUGGAGCGGGGUGCGCGACGCGCUCAUGGUGUCAGCGCGCUGCACCCAGGGCGACGUGGACAAGCAGAUCGGCAGCGAGGACUGUCUGUACCUCAACGUGUACUCGCCCAGGCUGGAACAGAACCAAAAGCAGGAGCUGCUGCCGGUACUGGUUCACGUUCACGGCGGGGCUAUGAAGGAAGGGUCGGGAACCUACAUCCGCCCAGACUACUUCGUCGACCAGGGCAUCGUCGUGGUCACCUUCAACUAUCGCCUCAGCAAUUAUGGUUUCCUUAACUUGGACACUGACGACGCCCCCGGUAAUGCGGCCCUCAAGGACAUCAUCGCUGCCCUGAAGUGGAUCAAGCGCAACAUUCGCAAUUUUGGAGGGGACCCCGAGAAGGUGACCAUCAACGGCUGCUCCUCAGCCGCUGUUCUAGUCCACUGGCUUUGUCUUCUCCCGGACACUGAAGGACUGUUCCGGGCCGCCAUCAUCAAGAGCGGGAGCGCACUAGUGAGCUGGGGCUACUCGGAGCAGCACCGCCCGUACGCCGAGGCCGCGGUGAAGUUUAUGCAGCAGUGGGCGCCCGGUGCGGACGCCAAGGUCCUGCUGCAAAACUCACCGUCUCUCCUCCUCGACCUCGCCUUCACGUACGCGUCACUGCACAAUAUGGUUACCUCUCCAGAGAACGCUGCCCAUCCCUAUGUGUCCCUAGAGAAGCGCUCGGGGGGAGAGGAGCCCACGCUGAUCGUGAGAGACCCGGAGAGCUACGUCCUUCGCCCGGAGCGUUCCAGUGUGCCCAAGCUGAUGGGCAUCACGAGCUGCGAGUACGAACCCAUGGGCGACAUGUACUUCAUGUUGGGAGAGCUGCCCCCCACCAUCAUCAGGGAGAUGGUGCCCCGGAGCAUGAUCCCCAUGCAGGACGCGCGACGCGAGCUCGGCAUCGAGUCCUACUCGCUCACCUACGACGACGAGACCGCGGACCUGCGCGCCGUGCUGUUCAACCUCACCGCCGUCGAUCCGACCUGCAACAUCAUCUGCCGUUGGGAGAGAUACUUUUCAGAUACCUACAUCUCGGUUGACACAGUUCGCGCGCUGAGGAUGCACGCUCAAAGGGAUCCGGACACACCAACGUACGCCUUUUACUCGGAGUUCCCAAUCGACGGAUCUUGCGGCACGGGAGCACCCAGUGGAGGCGGCACUCUUCACGCGCACGACGACAAGCUGGUCUGGCCAGAGACCCUUGACAAUGUCUUGGCCUGGAACACGUCAGAUCCGCGUUCCCUGACCAUCCUGAGGCAGGUCACUGCAUUCGGCAACUUUGUCAAGUUCGGCAAACCAGUGCCGAAGACGGAUCCUGUCGUCCUGACGACCGAGUGGCAACCCAUGGGAAAGGAAGGUCCGGACGUCUUCAUGAGGUUCAACGCCAACUGGACAAUGGACUCCGGCGACAUGCUGGGUCGCUUUGGCCCCAUGUGGAAGCAGCUUUACGACAAAUAUCGUUACGGCAAAGGCAUCUGACACGAGCGACCAGACAAGCGGCAAAGAAAAUAAGAUCUGAUUUGUUCUCAGCCAAUAUAAUCUAAAAUAAUA